AUGUAGAAAGCAUCCCGAAAGAUCAGUAUUGGGACCACAGUUUUUUAACUUGUUCCUAAAUCACCUGGUGUUAGAGAUGAACAGUGAGGUAGCAAAGUUUGUUGAUGAUACCCAAUUAUUCAGAAUGGUUAGAAACAGUAAUGGAUGUAAAGAAGCUCCAAAAGAAUUUUUCCAAACUGGGUGAAUGGGCAGUAAAAUGGCAAAUGAAAUUCAAUGUAAACAAAUGUAAAGUGAUACACACCAGGGCAAAAAAUUCCUAACUGCACAUAUGCCUGUGGGGCCCUGAACUGGCAGGGACUAACCAGGAACAAAGCCCUGGAGUCGUAGUCAAUUAAAAAGAUGUUGACUCAGUGUGCAGCAGCAGCGAAAAAUUUAAAUUUCAUGUUUGGAAUGAUUAGGAAAGAAUUGAAAAUAAAUUAUCCAUAUCAUGUUGUAAUGCAAGUCUGUGGUGCAAACACGCUUGAAACUGUGUACAGUUCUGGUUACUCAUCUCAAAAAAGAUUCUAUAGAGUUGGAAAGAGGCAACCAAAAUUAUCAAAGGGAUCAUUGCAACAUUUGGGCCUUUUUCAUUUUAAAGAAAAGGCAAGUAAGAAGAGACAUGAUAGUGGUGUAUAAAAAUAUGCAUGGUAUAAGAAAAUGGAUGGGUAUAUGUAUUUAUCCUUUUUAUAGACCCUAUUUAUUUAGAGCUGACUGGAGUAUCAAGCAUUCAGAGUAGACGGAAGAGGUUCAUCUGGAGUUGGUUGAUAAGGGACAACUUUGCCUUUGUCGUUUUCAACAUGUGCCCACCAAACACGACCAUUUUCCAUUUCUUCUUCUGCUCUGGUUUCUAGGGUCAGAAUGGCAGCAUAGCCAUGGGAGACUGGAAUUUCCUGGGCGGGAUUUUGGAGGAAGUCCACAUCCACUCUACCACAAUUGGCAAGAUCUGGCUGACCAUCCUCUUCAUCUUCCGGAUGCUGGUCCUUGGAGUGGCGGCCGAAGAUGUGUGGGACGACGAGCAAGCAGACUUCAUUUGCAACACGGAGCAGCCCGGCUGCAGGAACGUCUGCUACGACCAGGCCUUUCCCAUCUCCCUCAUCAGGUACUGGGUCCUGCAGGUGAUCUUUGUCUCUUCACCCUCCUUGGUCUACAUGGGCCACGCCUUGUACAGGCUGAGGACCCUGGAGAAGGAGCGGCAGAAGAAGAAGGCCCAAGUGAGGGCUGAGCUGGAGGCGACAGCCCCAGAGAAGGCGAAAGAUCGGAGGAGGCUGGAGAAGGAGCUGCGGCAGCUGGAGCAGAAGCGCCUGAGCAAAGCGCCCUUGAGGGGCUCGCUGAUGUGCACCUACCUGGCCCACAUCCUGAUGCGCUCUGCCCUGGAGGUGGCCUUCAUGAUGGGCCAGUACCUGCUCUACGGCUUCCAGCUGGAGCCGCUCUACCAGUGCCGCCGGCCGCCGUGCCCCAACAUUGUCGACUGCUUCGUCUCCCGGCCCACCGAGAAGACCGUCUUCCUGCUCUUCAUGCAAGCCAUCGCCGUCGUGUCGCUCGCCCUCAACGGCCUGGAAGUCGCCCACCUGGCCUGCAAGCGCUGCCGGGCGGGCUCCUACGGCGAUUCGCCCUCGGCCCUCGGGGACAGCCCGCGCUCCGCCCUGCUGAGCCAGCAGCCAAACCCCCCGCCCUGGGGACCCCGCCCGGACGACCGCCUCGCCCAGGGCCCACCCCCCGCCGCCGAUGAAGCCCACCCGCCGCCCGGCCCUCGCAGCCCGACGCGGAGCAGCAGCAGCAGCACCACCACCAAGGAGAGCGGCCCCGGCGCCGCCGCAGCCCAAGCGACGGCCGGCUCCUCUUCCUCGUCCCGCUCGCCGCCGCCCGCCAACGGUGCCCGGCGCGGCUCCUGCAGCGGCGGGGACUUGGGCAGCGCCGUCUCCUCGGCCACGGCGGCGCCGAGCACGGCUGGCUCCCCGCCCUCCAGCACCGGCAGCGAGCGGGGACAGCAGAGCCCCCAGGAAGGGAGCUUCCAGCCCGGCCACAGCCGGACUCAAGCCGCCGCCGAGGGGAGCCAGUCGGGAGGCUCGGCUCCCUGCAAGGGCGGCGGCGGCAGGGCGAGGAGGAGCGGCAGAAGCGGCGGCCCAGGACUCCCCCCGCCCCGGAAGGAGGCCUCGGGCGGCGCGGGCAGCCACAGGCGGGCGCCCACGGACCUGCGCGUCUGAGCGCUGCUCCUGGAGGG